AUGGGUCAGGCUCUGAAAAUCAGCCGCCGGCGCCCCAGCAGUUGCUACCACUUUGGCACUGUGGGGUUCAGAGGCCCAGAAGGUGGUGACCGAGGAUGUCGUCCACCGCGGUUUUUUUGCCUUCUUUCUACCAUGGGAGGGUAUUUGGUCACGUCAUUCUUGUUGCUUAAAUAUCCAACGUUGUUGCACCAGAAAAAGAAGCAGCGAUCCCUCAGUAGGUACAUCUCUCACCGUGGAGUUGCUGGAGAAAACCUGGAGAACACAAUGGAUGCCUUCCAGCAUGCCGUUAACAUUGGAACUGAUAUGUUAUCAGUUGUUCAUAUCACAAAAUAUGAACAAGUCAUAGUGUCACAUGAUGCAAACUUGAAGAGGUCAACUGGGAUCAAUGUAAAUGUCUCUGAUCUCAAAUAUUGUGAGCUCCCACCUUCUCUUUGCAAACUGGAUGUCCCAUUUCAGAGAGCAUGCAAGUGUGAAGGAAAAGAUAACCGAAUUCCAUUGCUGAAGGAAGUGUUUGAAGCCUUUCCUGAGACCCCCAUUAACAUCAAUAUCAAAGUCAACAACAAUGUGCUGAUUCAAAAGGUCUCAGAAUUGGUGAAGCAGUAUAAGAGACAGCACCUAACGGUGUGGGGCAAUGCCAACUCUGAAAUUGUAGACAAAUGUUACAAAGAGAAUUCAGAUAUCCCAAUACUCUUCAGCCUACAGCAUGUCCUACUCAUCCUUUGUCUUUUCUUUACCGGCCUCUUGCCCUUUGUGCCCAUUCGAGAACAGUUCUUUUAAAUUCUGAUGCCUUCUAUCAUACUGAAGCUAAAAGAACCACACACUAUGUCCAACGGUCACAAGUUUCUCAUCUGGCUUUCUGAUAACUUACUAAUGCGGAAAGCUUUAUUUGACCACCUCACUGCCCGGGGCAUCCAAGUCUACAUUUGGGUUUUAAAUGAAGAGCAUGAGUACAAAAGAUCUUUUGAUUUGGGAGUGACUGGAGUCAUGACAAACUACCCAACAAAGCUUAAGGAUUUCCUAAAUAAUUUCCCAGCAUAGAAAAGGGUCUCAGA